CUGCAGUGAUGGGCACUGAUAGGCUGCACUGAUGAGGAGGCACUGGUAGGCGGCACUGAUGGGCAUUGACAGGCAUCACUGAUGGGCAUUGACAGGCAUCACGCAUAUAUGGCACUGUUAGGUGGCACUGACUGGCAGCACUGAUGGGCGACACUGAAAGGCAGCUCAGAUGGGCACUGAUGGACACUGACAGGUGGGACUGCUGGGGCUACACAGAUCAUCAGUGCCCUGCGGCUCUCUUCUUCUCUGUCAGCGUGACAGCUCUUGGGGAGAGAAAUGCCAAUAACCGGCAUUUCCCUGUUUCCAUGUGAUCAGCUGUGAUUGGACAGAGCUGAUCACAU